CCAAGGCCUCUUGGCUCAUCGGAAAUCUAGUUCAUCUAUCCUUACAUCUGCAGAAAGUGCAGAAUCAACCGAUCCACCAAACUCACUAGGUUCAUUCAGUCAUUCUUAUCAUGCGGCUCAUGAUUUCUUGGUGCUCUUGCUUGGUCAUCUUCUGCCUUCUGCAGGCAAGUCAUAGGGCCAGCGGUGUAGCUUACAAUAUUACUCCAUCGGAGCCGCUCUUUCCGAACCAAACUCUUGUCUCCUCUGGCAAUUUAUUCGAGCUUGGGUUCUUCACGCUGAGUGGAUCAGAAAAUCAGUAUAUUGGCAUACGGUACAAGAACUUGACGCCUUCUAAGAUUGUGUGGGUGGCCAAUAGGGAACAGCCACUUGCGUACACGGAUCGGUCUGCAAAACUAACGAUAGGCAGUGAUGGGAAUUUGAAGCUCAUUGAUGGACAAGAAAAUAUAGUUUGGUUUACCAAUGUCUCUAGUCGGUCCAAUUAUACGUUGGCGGUGCUAUUAGAUAGUGGGAAUUUUGUUCUGCAAGAUGGCAUUUAUGGCGAAAUAUGGGGGAGCUUCGAGGAUCCGACAGACACUCUUCUUCCAAUAAUGAAGAUGGGAGUAAAUGUCAGGACUGGAGUGAAAAAGUUCUUAAUUUCCUGGAGAAGCGACAGUGAUCCAUUCCCUGGAAGUUUCUCGACUGGAAUGACAUCCAAGGGACGCCGCCUCAAGGUUUCACUUGGA